UUUUCUCGUUUAUUUUGGCAGCUUAAGGAAAACAGAAAAUUAAUAGUCGUAGGGUUCAGCUUUUCAGCAUGGAUACGCUGCUCCAGAGGAUUUCGGAGUUAUUUAACCACUUUACUUCACCCAUUGAAGCGGUGGUAUACAGUCCUAAAGAUGUAGAGAACGCAGAAGAAACACAAGCCUCUGCAAACCAAAUUCCAGAAGCUUCGAAUCAGGAAACUGGGAAGCCGGAUGAUCGCCCUUCACGUGGAGCCACUGAACCCCUAACCUCUGGUGAUAUUCCAACCCCAGAUGUCAGGUUGCAAAAGUUCAGGGAACAAAGAACUCCUCCCAUAAACUACGAGCUGGAGUUUGUUAACUUCCUGGAUCGCAACGCUCCCCAGGGUUUAUCGAAAAAGAUAAUGGAUAUAAUGCCCUAUCUGGAAGUCAGUUUUUUAUCCUGGCCAGCUUUUUGGAUUUGGCGCGGCUACAACUGGCAGUCUAAACGGAAAACGGAGAGAAUUGGAUUUUACAUACAAAAGACCUAUCAACAGGCCAAGCUAAUGCAGUUGGCCAUCUUAGCCACUGGUUUAUUUACGAUAUCAAUGGGUCGACCUGCCGGCUUGCCAAUAGAAAUGCACACAGUGCACAACAAUCUGGAGGAAACAGCUGACAUCGGGGACUCCACUUAGUUCAGAUGGGCAUCCAAAAUUAUUACGGCAAUCUGAAGGAGAAGUUAUUGAGGCUCACGAGAAAGGAGGAACCCGCCAAGGAAAUAGCCCACCCACCUCGGUUGCAUAAUCUUGGCGAGGAAAUACGUAUAUUGGUGCACUCGCCAUCCUUUGAAAAAGCCUACAGUACUGCAGCACCAUUUCUUUUCGCCAAUUUGGGGGCGUGGCCGGGCUAUUGGCUGUUCAGAGGAAUGGAUUAUCAUGUUCAUCGAUCGCACAUUCCGCUGCCCAUCUAUAUAAGACAAACAUACUAUCAAGCGAAAAUGGUGCAGCUUUUCAUUAUCUUAGCCGGUACUUAUACGGUUUUCAGAAACACCAAUCGCUUACGACUGAUGAAUGCAAAUAGAGUGACGAAGUCUUAAAGCCUUCAAAAAUCAUGCAAUGGAUGCCCAAAAAACCAACGUCUUACAAAAUACGGAAGCAGACCAUUUGAAAGCUGAACUUUUAAUUUAACAAUCGCAAUAAAAACUCAAAAAUAAAUUUCAAAAUCAUUUCCU